GUCGCCAGCCAUGGGGAACCUCAUUAAGGUCCUUGGCAAGGAUUUAGAGAACUGUCCACAUUUUUUCCUGGACUUUGAAAAUGCCCAGCCCACGGAGGCAGAGACAGCAGUGUGGAACCAGGUCAGCGCCGUGCUGGAGGAGGCCCACGGGAUCCUAGCCGAGCUGCAGUCUUAUAAUGGCGCGGGCCAGGAGAUACGAGAAGCCAUCCAGAACCCGGGCGACCUCGCUCUGCAGGAGAAGGCCUGGAAUGCGGUCUGCCCCCUGGUAGCCAAACUGAAGCGCUUCUACGAGUUUUCCCUCCGACUGGAGAACGCCUUGCGCAGCCUGCUGGAGGCGCUGACGAGCCCCCCCUACGCUCCCAUGCAGCACCUGGAGAGAGAGCAGGCCCUGGCCAAACAGUUCGCUGAGAUCCUUCAUUUCACACUCAGCUUCGAUGAACUGAAGAUGACAAAUCCAGCCAUACAGAAUGACUUCAGCUACUAUAGGAGGACUAUAAGUAGGAACAGGCUGAACAACCAGCAGCUGGAAGCGGAGAACGAGGUCAACAACGAGAUGGCCAAUCGGAUGUCCCUGUUCUACGCUGAAGCAACACCAAUGCUGAAGACUCUGAGUAAUGCCACCACCAAGUUUGUUUCAGAGAAUAAGACCUUGCCCAUAGAGGACACCACAGACUGUCUUAGCACCAUGGCCUGUGUGUGCCGUGUGAUGCUGGAGACCCCUGAGUACCGCUGUCGGUUCACCAACACAGACACCAUGCUGUUCUGCAUGAGGGUGAUGGUGGGAGUCAUCAUUCUCUAUGACCACGUUCACCCUGUCGGGGCUUUCGCCAAGACCUCCAAAAUCGACAUGAAGGGCUGCAUCAAGGUGCUGAAGGAGCAACCGUCCAACAGUGUGGAGGGACUUCUGAACGCACUGAGGUAUACGACACGGCAUCUAAACGAUGACAGCACCUCCAAACAAAUCAGGGCCCUCCUGCAAUGAGGAGGUGGAAGAGAGGGAGGAAAGUGAGAAGAAAGAAAAAAAAAAAAAAAAAAAAAGAAGACGAUAGGAACAAAACGCCAGUGGCUGAUAAACCUGUUGUUUACAACGACAAAGAACAUCUCCAGUGUUUUAAGGGAAACCUGAUGCUAAUAAGAAGAGGAAAAUAAUUAUAUAUAUUGUCAGCUGUUCAUCAUUCUGUCUCUCAUUUUGUAAAGUAAGAAAGAGAAAGAAAAAAAAAGAAAAAAAGAAGCCAGAAAAGAAAUAUAGAUAAUAUUAAAACAAAAG